GGAAGAGGCGUGGCCAGGGGGCGAGGUGGAGAGUCUGCGGUUGCUGGCCCGGUGUGUGGGGGCUUCAAGUGGCUGGCGGCAUCCCCAUCGAGACCCCCUGACUGCUCUGUGCUAUUUUCCAACGUCUUCUCCGUCAGCCCUGAUUAAAUCACUACGGUGCGUGGCGAUCCUGCGUGUUUUAUCACCGAAGCCCCGCGUCGGAUAUCCCGUCACUGAGAUCGCUUGGCUUCUCCCGGUGGAUUUAUUUCUAAGAUAUUGCUGACAGUCGGUGGGGUAUUCCUGACCCCCCCCAUGCCGCUUUCUGCGGGUGACCCCACUCCGCAUCAGAACAUGGAAGCCUCUAGGUCCUGAGAAUGGAAGGGGGCAGUAAGAAUAUCGUGCAGAGCUUUGUGUGCGAAAAACUGUCCAAGAGGGAUUUCCGGUGGAACUGCUGCUGCGGUUCACAACCCGAGGUGGUAUCUAAUGGGACGUCUCCGGGGGAACGGGCCGAAGCUCACGUAGAGGGCCAUGCGUUGGACGCUGACAAUCAGGAGGUUCUCAGAGUUCUUCUGGAGACCUCUGAGGAGUUUGAACUGAGAUACCAGCGGGCGUUCAGCGAUCUCACCUCCCAGCUGCACAUUACCCCGGCCACCGCCUAUCAGAGCUUCGAGCAGGUGGUGGGAGAGUUGUUCAGGGAUGGCACAAACUGGGGGAGGAUUGUGGCGUUCUUCUCGUUUGGGGGGGCCCUGUGCGUGGAGAGCGCAGACAAGGAAAUGGAUGACCUUCUGCCCAGGAUUACUCAGUGGAUGGCCAUCUACUUGGAUACCCAGUUACAGCCCUGGAUCCAGGAGCACGGAGGCUGGGAAGAGUUUGUAAGUCUGUAUGGAAACAACGCAGCCGCCAACAUCCGGAAAAGUCAGGAGCGUUUUGGGCGAUGGCUGCUCACUGGAGUCACGCUGGCCGGAGCCAUUCUGCUGGUUUCCUACUUGACGCGCAGAUAGAGCCGCCACCGCUGGAGCACAGGAAGCAGGAAAGCGCAUCAGCUGGGGGGGGGGGACUUGUGGCCCUCGCCCAAGAAGGCGCUGUAGCCCCCCUCCGCAGAAUCAAGGCGUAAUGAGUGGGGCUACCUAGGGGGUAUCGGGCUGUGCACCCCCUGGAACUGAGGAUUCAUUAGAUGUUUUUUUGUUUAGGAUUUUAACCUGUUAGGGGCAGAGGGUGGAAUGGCAAGUAAAUAAAUAGAUCUUAUUGGCUGCUUCA